UUUGUUAUGUUGACGGUCUUCGUGCGCUCGCGAAAGUAUGGAGUUUAGGAAACUUCAUGCGCGAAACGAACUGCUGUUUUCGCGUGUAUCUCACUUUGUCGGCGCUGGCUCGCUUCCUCGUUCGAUAAGCAGUGAAAUUUCACUAUAGUAGUGCCGAAGCUCCGAGCUAGGUGGCCGAAUUUAACCGCACCUUCUUCAGCCGGGUUUCGUUGUCUCGGCAUGGUUUCAAAAGGUUGCUGCUGGCCUUGUCACCAGUUGAACGUGUGCGCAACCUUCAACGAGAGGCCCUACUCUGCCAGCUGGAGUGUCAGUGCCUGCGCAAGGCUGUAGCAGGGGAAAAGAAAACCGGGUGUCAGGUCACCGAACUUAAGUCAGAAGCAAAAGUGGUAUUGUGCCCGUCUUCCCUUUACUACCGUACGUGUUGUAAGCUCAUUGGACAAUGUGUUGUGACCAGACUGAGGCCACAGUUGGCCGAGUGGCAGCUCAAGAAUCUGGUCUUGGGGCUAUUGGAUCGCUUCUGAGUGAAAAGAAAAGAAAAAGUUGUCUUUGUAUGAUUACAAGCAAUGCGUGAUAGGGAGGCUUUGAAGAAGAAUGCUCUCUGCGCAUGUCUCUGGUAUUCUUGAAGACAGUAAUAACAGAACACACGAGUUUUGUGUGUUAGGCAGACAAGAAUAGGGUAAUAGAAAGGGCAACAAUGAUUUCCUGCUUUGUGCCUGGCUGCAGGUCCCGGUACACCAAAGGAGGGAAGAGUUCUAUUUCUAUGUUCCGGCCACCGGCCGACCCUGAUCAGCUGCGUCAGUGGGAGCUGAACAUCGGGAGGACGGACAGAGCGCUCACUCGCAAUGACAAAGUGUGCUUGCUGCACUUCGAAAAGCGCUAUGUGUCCGACAGGUAUUACAGCGAACACGCCGGAAAUGUGCUGCUCAACGAGGGCAAGGUUCCGAGGCUGCGAAAAGAUGCAGUGCCUACCAUUUUCGACGAUCGGGUGUUCUGUGGAGGUGGCGGCGUGCAACUGGAUUCGUCUGCGAUGAUUGCUUCGCAGUGGUGGCCAGUUGGAGCUACUCCUUGCAUGUCGAACAGGGUGGUGGAUGUACCCAACGAAUCUCAGUUAUCGCCUGCGACAGUGUCGCGGAUGAACACUGACGCUGAUGCUAAAGGUGGUGAGCUUAGUGAACAUCGUGUCAUCGUGAAAAAGGAGGACUGUUCCUUUGAUGCCAACCACUUUGGGAACGCUGAACUCUGCGCUGAUGAAAGAAAGAUUGGCGACCUUACUGUGUUCCAGAACAUCCAGGUCAAAAACGAAAAGGAUGAGUGCUGUUCGAGUGUGCAAAAUCUGAACGAAGUUGUCUGUGGGAAGGAGAGGCCCCUAAUAAGACCUGUCUGUGGCGUCAGUUUUCAAGGCGCAGGCUUUGAAUGUGGCGUUGAAGUGAAAAAAGAGACGAAGGAGUGCGUCGAUGAGCCUCCAGUGCCUCGAAUAGUGUGUGCAGUGGGUAGUUUCUACAACACGCCCACGACACCCGGCGCUGCCCAGCGGGUCCUCGUGAAACAACUGCUGCUUCACCCUGAGGUGGUGAAGCUCCCGUUCUCCUGGAGCUACCACAAGGUGAGCACGACUCGGUACUACCGCAUCGUGUACAGCACCAUCACCGUAGCGGCCGGUGAUACUACCCCCGUCAUCACCAAGUUCAUCAAUAUCACGCAGAGUCGCGGCCACAACGCCGAACCUCCCAUGCCCUUCGAGGCGUUCGUGUCGGACCGGAGCCUGAACGCUACAUUGGGCGACCUCGCGAAGCCCACGACCAUCGAGGAGGUCGAGCGCAUGAUCGAGGCUGUGGAUGGGCUGCCCAUGUGCCGCGGCGGGCCGUCCAGGUUGAGGUACCCGGACGCCGAUCCGACGAACGCUCGCCUCGACGUCCUGGGCGUCUGGAGGCGCGUUGACUGCGAGGUGUAUGGCACCCCGCUAUGCCGUCACUGCGCAAAGCUGGAGGACGCCCUGCGCCAGAACGCGUGUCGGAAGCGCAAGGGGAAGGACUUCUCUAGGCUGCGGCUGGCGCUGCAGUGCCUGGCACCGGCGCAGCGGUACAAGGUGGAGCUGCUCCAGAGGCGCAGCAGUGCCUGCGCAGAAAGCUUCAACGUCUCAAGGCUAGCGGCAGGGAGCUCUGCGACAAGGACAAUGAGAACAGCGACGACGACUCUGGAAGCAGCAAUAACGAAAUGGAAUGCUCCGUGGUGCUGCCAUAACGGGGCUGAGCCUUGGUAUCAUACGUGUGCACUCGUCAUCACGAUCGCACAGGCGUGCGCAGGUUUCUCCAUCAUUUUGGGGGGGGGGGGGGGGGGAGUUGAGUCCCUAGUGCAAUAA